AUGGCUAUAUUCCUCUUAAUCAAAGUUCAUUUCCAAGGUAUGUUCAUCAACAAACCUUUUUGCUAUUCUGAUGGCGUUCAUCAUGUGUUCGAGAACAUCGAUUUUGCUGGUAUGUCAUAUAAUGAGUUUGUGGAUUUUAUUGAACGAUUCACACAAGAGAAGUUUGAGAAACUUUAUUAUUGUCAACCCGAUUUACAAAUCCCAAAAGGUUUAACCUUGAUUUAUAAUAAGCUUCAAUAUCAAGAAUUUAUAGACAUUGUUUAUCGAUGUGGAGUACAAGUUCCUGUUUACAUGGACCAUUUUGGUACUACUGUGCAUAGCAAUAUGGAAGGAGUAACCUAUGAAGAAGUAAGUAAGGCAAAUGGAAAUGAAGAUGCCACAGAAGGUUAUCCAAAAUAUGAUGAAUAUAAGAAUAUCCCAGAUGCGAAAGGAAAACAAAUGUUUAAUGAGGUUCACUGGCCCUAG